AUGGGUGUGUGCAUGCGAGGAAUGUUCAGCCGCCUCAUGUGCUGCACCCCGCUACUAGGUGCAGCAAGAGCAGUACAUUGUUCCCGUAAGUGCAGUGCAUGUUUCUUAUCGCGGGUGGUGGCAGUGAUCUUUCCCCGCUGGAUGGCGAGAUCUGGCGCUGAACUACACAUCUACUUGCGAGGUUUUCCCCAGCCAGGUUCCUCCCACCAGCGGGGCGCCGCCCCAGACGAAACAAACUCUAAGCUCCCAACAUGUGAGGUGGUUUUGUGUAAGCCCCAAGGUUGUUUGAUACGCAAUCGCCUGAAUCGCCGCAUCUGUAAACACGGACCUCGCAUAGAGAAACCCUCACUCAUCUCCGCUGUAGCGUCGUGCCAUGCCCGCCGCUCGCUCGUCGAAUCUCCCGGGGGAACCCCAGGACCCCCUGAACCACUCCCAAUCGCCCUUCCCUGA